UUUUUUAAAGGAUGUUUUUAUAUAAAUUUAUCUCUAUUUAAUUAUCUCUUUAUUUGGUCUUCAUAACCAGCCCAUGGGGCAGUCAGGACAAGUGUUAUCUGAGCUUUGUCUAUAAGGAAAAUGGAGCCCCGAGAAAUAGACUUGCCUCAACAUAUGUGGCCAGGUAGUAGCCCCUGAGGUCUUCUGGCCCCUGGUCCAGUUCUUGUUCAACUCUGCUUGGUUCUGACACCUCUUUCUCACAGGUCAGCCUUCUUUUUCUUCCUGCCCCAAGAGGAUUGCUUUUUAUUAGAACAAAAACAAUUUCUUGGUUAUUUUUAAUAGUUUAGCAGACACGCAUGUGGGAUUGGGCAGGACAAGCAGAGGACAUGGCCCACCAGGAGUUUUCAUACCUUCAGUUGUGUGUAUCAGGAGGUGUUCACUAAACCCCAGGUGGGCCAAUUGUGCUUGCUCUUUGCAGAAUCUUGGAAGGGGGCCAGUGAUGCAGUUGGACACCUGGUACUUGAGGCCCUUGGCUCCUUUCCAGCCCCUGCACUGUUUCUGCAGUUCCACAUUCAGCUCUCCCUGAAAGCAAAGCUUCAGACCACCCGUCAGCAAAUGAAUCCUUUUUAAAGACGUUACCCUGAAGCCAUUUCUUUAUGUGAAAGCUUUUAGCUGGUCCCUAUGCUAGAACUUCAAUUUAUCACCGAAUGAGGUUGUUUUUUUUUUUUUAGAAGUUGUUAUUUUUCCUUUUAAAGAGAAAAAUCAGAGGACAGGGUUGUUGGAAGCAAUAAAGAAAACCAUCAAUACAAGGUGGAGAAUUAGAUGGUGCUUUCUAGUGAAGAUGGCAAGGAAGGGUGUUUUCCAUCUCACAGGAUGAUGUGGUUGCCAGAACAGCAGCCAACUGCUAGGCAGAAAGGCAGCAGGUAGACCGAUUAUUGGACAGCUGGUCUCAGGUAGGUCCAAAAUGUGGUCCCUUUUAGGCUCAGAUUCUGAGAUCUAAUUUCCGUAUGAGCAAUGGAGUUGUGCAAGAAGAUAAUAUAAUAGAGAAGAAAGAAUCUGAAGACAUGGGCUCUAGGCCCAGCCACGUGACUUAAUUACCUGUGUGACUUUAGGAAUGGCCCUUAACAACUCUGGAUCUCUGUUUCCUUACCUGUAGGAAGAGGUGGUAGGACCAGAUCUGUGGUGUCCGACCUUCACUGUUUAUAGGAAUCCCCAAGGGGGCCUUCUGAAAAAUACACGUGCCGGGGCCCCUUCCAUAGAGAGUCUGAUUUAAUUGGCAUACGGUGCACUUGACAUCCGUAUUUUAAAGGUACUCCAGGGGAUUCAAAUGUGCAGCCUGUUGAGAUGGACUCUAAAAUCCCCUCUAGCUCCAGCAGUCUAUUUCAAAAUAUAUCUAGUUGGUCUCCUACCAAAGGAUUUAUAAACUACAAGAUAGCUAACAAAUGGGUUUACUGUAAUGAAGAACAUUGAUCAUUUUUUUCUUGGAAAACACAGAAAAGUUAUUGAAGAGUUAUUGAACUGAUGUUAUUGACGUGUAAGACAAUUCUCCAGGGGAAGCCAUAGAAGGUUUCUUCUCUGAGACACUGAAGAGGGGAGAAAGUCACAGACUUUAAUACAGCUGGGAAGGAGGAAUUGUUGGUUUUUGGAUAACUGAAAGUUUUUUUCUUCAGGGGUUUAUGCUAGAAAAAUUUGUUCAUAGUCUAAGAAGAGAAUUUUGGGUUGCAAACUCUUUUUAAGGUAAACACAGUAAUUUCUAGCCAAAGUACUACUUUUCUUUCUUCUCCUCCUCCUCCUCCUUCUCCUCCUUCCCCUCCUCCUCCUCCUCCUUUUUUUUUUUUUUGACCCCUGUACUACUUUUUAAGUCCAAAGGGAGAAAAUUAUAUUUUUAUAAAGGCCAAAUUAUUAGGCCUGUUUUUGAGUCAAACCAGUCCUUGCUAAAGCAAAUGGCCCUUCCUUGAGAAGCAAAUUCCUCCAAACCAGAUUUGUUUUAAAAUGUAACGCCCUGGAAAACAUAAGAUUAAUCAAAUGUUUGUUUUAGGUGUUUAGUUUCAAAUUAUAACUGUGUAAGACUCGAGCUGAGCUACUUUGUAGUUGACACGUGGGUAUCAAAGGAACACUUCAGAUGUGUGGCAUAAAAUUUGAUGCCCAAGCUUUCCUCACAAGUACUUCCUGUUCACGUCUGUGGCUCAUCAGAUUCCCAGAGACAGUUAUCCUCCAACACAAAAGCAGGUCCUAGUGAAUCCAAAGCCCAAGGUCAUUCCCCUUCCCUCUCUCCCUCCCCACCACACACAUAAAAAGCUUUGACUAUGUAAUCCUCUUUUGUGUCCCAAGGCUCUCGCCAAGAUUCUAAACUCCUGUUUCUUCUUACAGGAAGCCACCAUCCAUUUCCAUGAUAAACUUCACAUUUAUUUUGAAUCGAGAGCCUACGCUCUGUAACAACCGUGUACCAGGAGAGCGGGCAGUAAGGAGCUCGUGCUGCCCCGGCCACCCCUGGUCCAGGCGAUCUUCAGCGGAGAUCCGGAGGAGAUACGGGUACUCAUCCACAAAACCGAAGACGUGAAUGCUCUGGAUUCUGAGAAGCGAACCCCGCUUCACGUGGCUGCGUUUCUGGGAGAUGCAGAGAUCAUCGAACUCCUGAUUCUGUCAGGAGCUCGUGUAAAUGCCAAGGACAACAUGUGGCUGACCCCACUGCACCGGGCUGUUGCCUCCAGAAGUGAAGAAGCAGUGCAAGUACUGAUCAAGCACUCGGCUGAUGUCAACGCGAGGGACAAGAACUGGCAGACCCCGCUGCACGUGGCAGCUGCCAACAAGGCGGUCAAGUGUGCAGAAGUGAUCAUUCCCCUGCUGAGCAGCGUCAACGUCUCCGACCGAGGCGGGCGCACGGCCUUGCACCACGCUGCUCUGAAUGGCCACGUGGAGAUGGUCAAUUUACUCUUGGCCAAAGGAGCAAACAUCAAUGCAUUUGACAAGAAGGACCGGCGUGCUCUGCACUGGGCGGCCUACAUGGGCCACCUGGACGUCGUGGCGCUGCUCAUCAACCACGGCGCGGAAGUGACGUGUAAGGACAAGAAGGGUUACACGCCCCUGCACGCCGCCGCCUCCAACGGACAGAUCAACGUUGUCAAACACCUCCUGAAUCUGGGGGUAGAGAUUGAUGAAAUCAACAUCUAUGGAAACACAGCCCUUCACCUGGCCUGCUACAACGGGCAGGAUGCUGUAGUUAACGAGCUGACUGACUACGGUGCUAAUGUGAACCAGCCCAACAACAGCGGGUUCACCCCUCUGCAUUUCGCUGCUGCCUCCACACAUGGUGCUUUGUGUCUUGAGCUAUUAGUAAACAACGGGGCAGAUGUUAAUAUCCAGAGUAAAGAUGGCAAAAGUCCACUGCACAUGACAGCUGUCCAUGGAAGGUUCACACGGUCACAAACCCUCAUUCAGAAUGGCGGUGAAAUUGACUGUGUGGAUAAGGACGGCAACACUCCUCUCCAUGUGGCUGCAAGAUACGGUCAUGAGCUUUUGAUUAACACCUUAAUAACCAGCGGAGCUGACACAGCCAAGUGUGGAAUCCAUAGCAUGUUCCCCUUACAUUUAGCUGCCCUAAAUGCUCACUCUGACUGCUGCAGAAAGCUCUUAUCAUCGGGACAAAAGUAUAGCAUAGUAUCCUUGUUUAGUAAUGAGCACGUGCUGUCUGCAGGCUUUGAAAUAGACACCCCAGAUAAAUUUGGAAGAACGUGCCUUCAUGCCGCUGCUGCAGGAGGUAAUGUGGAAUGUAUAAAACUCUUGCAGAGCAGCGGAGCAGAUUUCCAUAAAAAGGACAAGUGUGGGAGGACGCCUUUGCACUAUGCAGCUGCAAAUUGUCAUUUCCACUGUAUUGAGACAUUAGUGACCACAGGGGCCAACGUUAAUGAAACAGAUGACUGGGGACGGACAGCUUUGCACUAUGCUGCUGCAUCAGACAUGGAUAGAAAUAAGACUAUCUUAGGAAACGCCCAUGAAAAUUCAGAAGAGCUUGAAAGAGCCAGAGAGCUGAAGGAAAAGGAAGCCGCAUUAUGUCUAGAGUUUCUGCUUCAGAAUGAUGCAAAUCCAUCUAUCCGGGACAAGGAAGGUUACAAUAGCAUACAUUAUGCUGCUGCCUAUGGCCACAGACAAUGUCUGGAAUUGCUUUUAGAAAGAACCAACAAUGGUUUUGAAGACUCAGACUCCGGUGCUACCAAGAGUCCGCUCCACUUAGCUGCCUACAAUGGGCACCAUCAGGCCUUGGAAGUCCUUCUGCAGUCGCUGGUGGACCUGGACAUCAGGGACGAGAAAGGCCGCACUGCUCUGGACCUGGCUGCCUUUAAGGGACACACGGAAUGUGUGGAAGCACUUAUCAAUCAGGGCGCAUCCAUCUUUGUGAAAGACAAUGUAACCAAAAGAACCCCACUUCAUGCCUCAGUAAUUAAUGGUCACACACUGUGUUUACGGCUAUUACUAGAAAUUGCAGACAACCCAGAAGCAAUUGAUGUGAAAGAUGCCAAAGGACAAACCCCGCUGAUGCUUGCCGUAGCGUAUGGACACAUUGACGCUGUUUCACUGUUACUUGAAAAGGAAGCCAAUGUAGACGCUGUCGACCUCAUGGGCUGCACAGCUCUACACAGAGGGAUUAUGACAGGCCAUGAGGAAUGUGUGCAAAUGCUGCUGGAGCAAGAAGUGUCGAUUCUCUGUAAAGAUUCCAGAGGGAGGACCCCCCUGCACUAUGCGGCUGCUCGCGGCCACGCCACAUGGCUGAGCGAGCUGCUCCAGAUGGCACUUUCCGAGGAGGAUUGUUCUUUCAAAGAUAACCAGGGCUACACACCGCUGCACUGGGCUUGUUACAAUGGUAAUGAAAACUGUAUAGAGGUACUUUUGGAGCAAAAAUGUUUUCGCAAAUUUAUCGGUAAUCCCUUUACUCCGCUGCACUGUGCAAUAAUAAAUGAUCAUGAGAAUUGUGCAUCAUUGCUCCUUGGGGCCAUAGACUCCAGUAUUGUCAAUUGCAGAGAUGACAAAGGCCGGACGCCACUUCAUGCGGCAGCGUUUGCUGACCACGUGGAGUGCUUGCAGCUUCUUCUGAGACACAAUGCUGAAGUGAACGCAGCAGACAAUUCAGGGAAAACAGCACUGAUGAUGGCUGCUGAGAACGGGCAGGCGGGCGCCGUGGAUGUUUUGGUGAACACUGCCCAGGCUGAUCUGACUGUAAAGGAUAAAGACUUGAAUACACCCUUACAUUUGGCUAGUAGCAAAGGUCAUGAAAAAUGUGCCUUGUUAAUACUUGACAAGAUACAAGACGAGAGCCUUAUUAAUGCAAAAAAUAAUGCACUGCAGACACCCCUCCACGUUGCUGCACGAAAUGGCUUGAAGGUGGUCGUAGAGGAGUUGUUGGCCAAAGGGGCCUGUGUACUCGCUGUGGAUGAAAAUGGUCAUACCCCGGCCCUGGCUUGUGCUCCUAACAAAGACGUGGCUGACUGCCUGGCCCUCAUUUUGGCUACCAUGAUGCCUUUUUCUCCUUCCAGUACAAUGACGGCUGUCAACUUCGUUUGUUUUAAAAAAGACAAUUUGAGCAGGACGACCCUCUCCAAUCUGGGUAGCAUGGUUAGCCUGUGCAGUAACAACGUAGGCUCAGAGGAUGGGUACAAUGAAAAUGACUCUGAUUCCGAAACCUUUUGAUUUUGGACUGUAGAAGCUUUUCCUUGAUCACCCAUAUUGGAAGAAGGGAAAGACACGUGAAUUCUAGGUUUAUGUUGUGUUCGAGUAUUAUUAUGGGCCUGGGCUUCCAGAAGCCAGUAGAAAAGGAAAUAAUCAAACCCAGGGAAGGCAGCUAGGCUGUAGGGCAAGGCACUCACACCAAUGGGCCCUGAUUUUUGCUUGUUUUCAUGUUUUCCUUAGAUCUAAGAUACUUCUGUGCAAGUCUACCUCUCAUUUUAAGUAAGAAGUAAAAAAUGCAUUCAAUUCUUUUUCUUUUGGCACGAUGCAAUAGAGAGGGAGCUGUUCUCUAGAAAGAAUUUUUUUUUGUUUACUCACUCAGUAGUGAGUUCUCAGAAGUAUAUCAAUGUGACGUUCAUGUCCCUUGGGAGGGGAGGGGAGGGGAGGGAAAAGGUGGAUAGGAAUUGCCUCAAACCUCUUCUCACUUUGAUGUUUACUUCCUCACUAAAAGCCAAAGGUAAAGGUGUUCAUCUUCAGAAAUGAUGCCUGUAAUAAUCUUUUUAAGGGAGUCCAAUUAUUCAUAUCCUCUCUGUAGUAAGCACUUAAAUAUCCAGAACUUCUUUCCAAGGAUGUUUAUGAAAGCCAGAUGAAUGGAAAAAUUCACUGAAAAUUGAAGUUGCUUUUUUUCAUUUAAUACAAGUAUGGCCCCCAAUACUCCCUGUAACAAGCCUGUCACUAAUUUUCAUCCAGCUGAUUGAAUCCAAAUCUAUCUAAUAACGUUUCAGGUGAAAAGUUUUAUUGCACCAGAACUUUGAGACAUAUGCAAAUUUAAUAUGAGACUACCCUUUAUCUAUUUGUUAAUUCAUCCUUAAAUCAGAAUGCUAACUUUUUAAAAACAUCAGAACCAUCAGCAUUGUUUGUUAGUAGUAAAGUGUUAAAUGAGCUUCUCAGUCAAGGUCAUGCCAAGUGAGUGGAAGAGUGACUACAAAAGGAAACAAGGUGCGAAACAGAAGGUAGAAAUGGGUGAUGUGGAAAUUAAAGCCAAUUGAUAGUUGCUUGAUGAUCAAAUCAACAUAGUGAAUACUGUGUCUGCUCCCUCUGCCAAAGCUUCUAGGUCAAAUGGACCCCGUUCUGCACCUGGAAUAGCUGUACAAAAAGAAGAAUGAGACUCUUUAAACAUUAUGCACAUAACACGCGCACACAUAUGUAUAUGUAUGUAUAUAUAUGUCUGUAGUUCAUCAACCAGCUAUACACAAGGACCAAAAUGCUUCGGUCUAAAGUGGAAGAAUUUAAAUUGCUUUCCUUCAAAAUGGAAGUGAGAACUGAAGUAGCUUUUCUAUGGAGUUAAAAUGUAAUCUUUUUGUGUAACAGUCUUUGUUGUGUUUUAUAUUUCUUAGGACACAGAUUUCUAGUUGACGGCUUAACAUUUGUAACUGAUGACGUGUUGACCAAGGCUUAUUUUUUUGCCAAACUAGAGAAAAUGUUCAUAUACUUUUGAUGUAAAUGUGUUUAUAUUUAUUUGAACUGAAACAAAGGCCGAGGAAACAUCCAUUGUUUGUUCUCUGUUUUAACUGCUGUGUGUCUUACUUGGAUUAACACAAAAGCAGAAAAGCGCGCAAGACCCUCGCCGGGCUGGCUGGCCGGCUGUCCUGGGGCCAAGCCCGGCAUUUCCACUGCUGAGGUUUCCAGCCGACCCGCAGGCUCUUGCAUGGCGGCUGGAGAGGGGUACAGCGCCCAUUGCGCAGCCCCGGUCUGUAGCCAGCCUGGAGAGCUUAGGAGACACUGCCGUCCUUGUGCUCUUCCGAGGGAUGAGAACUGAGGUGUGUAGUGGCUCAUAUGCACAAAGGUGGCCCAAAGAAAUGUACGGAAAUUACUCUGAACACGCUGAAAAUCCCACACGGUCCCAGUAUCCUAAUGGGAAGUGAUGUCAGUGUGUGAGCACAUGUACCAGGAGAGGAAAAUACAGAUCACCAGCUCAAGUGCUGUUUUCCACUUGAGGAAGAAACAGGAGAGAAACAUGUUGUCAGGACUCUGACGUUUUAUAAUCAGUUCCAUUUUCAACCCUGGAAAUUCCUAUUUUAUAAAGUGUAUGUGAGAUAUUUUUAAAACAGUGUUCUAGCAUAUCUGGAUCAAAUACACAUGCUGUAUUAUAUUUUUCAUCUAACUGUAAAAGACUUUAAUCUUACUCUUUUAAUAUCCUGAUUUAAUUAAAAACUCACGUUGGGUUCUUCACAAAUGAGAACUUGUUCAAAGGACUUACAGAAUUGGUAAUAAUUUCACUGGAAAUUUUCGACACCACCAACAUUGUUUUUUAAAUUCUUGGUGUUGUGUUCCCCCUCCUUCCUCUGUCCUUUUUGUUUGUUUAGAGAAGAUGAAUUUUUAAAAAGUAGAUGAAUUGCUAAUGAGCAAUAACAACCUUAUCUUUACCAAAACACUGAAAAGUAAGGGAGAUCCAACGCUUAAGAAGCACGGUAUACUGUGGUGUCUUUUUCUAGAAGUGAAUGGAAAUCUUGCUCCAUUGAUGUUUAAAGCAGGAAAUGAAAUGCCCGCUCGAAAUGGUGAAGCAGCGUCCACAUUCUUCCCGUAGAGUAGCACAGAGAAGGAGGAAGGUGGCCGCAGAGCAGUGCCGGCCAUGGGACAUUUCUCUCCACGCGGCUGCAUUUUGACUUUUCCCCAUUCUCUCGCCGAUAGAAAGAAAGAGGACAAAGGAACAAAAAGAAAUCACACUCGCUGUGAAUUGUUCAUGGAAUCAAAUCUCUCUCCCGCUCUCUCGCUGUUUCUCCAUUCCCCAAGACCAAAUUUUUUUCUUUAGGAAGUGACUUCAAAAACCAUGAGUUCUGUGUGUUUAAAGUAUAUCUCUUAGAAAUAGAACUAGAUUUGCAACGUAGCUUUCUAAGCAAAAAACAAAACAAAAAACAUUGUGCUUUUAACUGAGUCUUGGUGGUUUAGUGCUUUUUACCUGUGUGAUUUUGAGACUGUAUUUUAAGCAUAGCCACAGGGAUCACGCGUCAUCUUCCCAACUCGCCGUGUCUGCCUAUACUUGGUAAGUACAUUACUAUCUCCAAAUUGCCUACAAUCUGCUCUGAUUCUAUGGUAAAAAAGCUCAGGGGAUUUCUAUUUAUCACUACUAAAAGGGCACCAUAGUAUGUUUUGGUACUUUAGGCAGUAAACAGCUGCUUGAUUUUUUUUUAAUUUUAUUAUGAAAUUAGAAGAAGAACAUCAAACAGAUUUGCUGCACUAGUUAUUCUCUGUACUGUUGAGCAACCUGGUUUGCUUAUCUGUUGCGUUGGUUGAAGAACUCAUCCCUUUUUUUGUCUUGUAAUAUGAAGUUAGAGUGCCUUUUUAUAUUUGUAUAUGCUGAAGAUGUUCUGUGAAAUGUUUUGUAUUUUUUUCAUUUGAGUGUUAUCAGAGCAAUAUAAUACCAGUGAGUUUUCGUUUCAGCCUUUCUUUGAAUGUAUAAAGUGUCUUUUUUCCACUUUCCCCUUUACCUGCUUUGAAAUGAAAAUGCCGACGUUUUCUAUAGGAAUGAUGUUUAAUUUUGCAGUGCUAAAAUGCUUUCUUCUUACAAAACGGUAAACCAUAGGUCAAUGCUAUAGGGGAAAAGCGUUUUAAGAUCGUGACAAUCUGAGUGUGUGUAAAAAUGUAAUUCUAUGCGUUUCUGAUGCAGUGAUCUAAAAAUUCAAUGCAAAUAUCUUUUGUUUGGUAGUUUUGUCUACAUAUGUUAUGCUUUAGCAUGUGCAAUAUAUCUUUGCAAAGCACGAUGAUACAAAUCUGGUGCCAGUGUUCUAUUUUGCAUCACAUAUUUGUAACAGCAUAAAAUACUGUCCGAUGCUUUCAGUGGGAUUUUGUCUGUAACGUUUUCUUAUGUAAAUUGGAGUUGAAUGACUCUGGUAAAUGUCGUGACUGUAAAAAUGAGGAAAAUGACUUUUAGUUCAGUGAAUGACUUUGAACCAAUCUGAAUCUUUUCAAGCACAGUUUAAUACUUUUUCAACUACUGAAUGCUAAUAAUGUAAUGAAGUACUUAACUGUAAUAUACUAUGGAAAUGCAUUCAGAUGGUUAUUUUUACAAAUAAAAACGGUACAAAUAUUGUUGCAA